AUGGAAAUAUCGUGUGUUAUUCCUUCAAUUGGGUUAUUCUUAAGCUCAAAAGAUACCUUUCUUUCACUGUCAUUAGUUUGCAAAGAAUGGCAUCAGCUACUAUCAGACAACUACGUGCUGUUUUGGCUUAAGUCAACAUUGAAGACAUCUUCGCUAAUUUCUCUCGAAGAUGCCAAACUCCAAUUUCCUGGCUUUGCAAAUCCAGAAAUUUUGAAUUUUCAACCAUGGUUUUCUGAAGGUGGAAUCAGCCCAAAAGAGACAGGAAAUUGCUUUCGAAACAUAUGAACAUACGAUGGGCUAACCUAUUCAACCUAUUAUGGAAGUAGGACUAAUUCAUAUUUUAAAAAAAAUAUCAUUUGUUCAGCUUUUUAUGAAGGAGGUGGAUAUCAGUCGCACUUCUUUUUUGAUUAUGGACAUCGUGAUAUAUUUUUAGCAGAAAACUAUUACUUCCCAGAGAAAUAUCUAGAUUAUAAUAAGUACAACAUUCAAGAAUUGUUAACUCUUGCACCCUUAUUUCCCGAAGAAAAUAUAUUGGAUCUUCAAGAAUAUGAUCCAAUUCCUGAUCCAUGAAAUCCUAUAUUCGAUCAUGAUGGUUGUGAGUGAGAAAGAAUAUCUUAUCCUUAUUACCCUUGCCAGGCAGAGAUUGCUUUUGUAAAUGAAAUAGCUGUAGCAAGGCCUCUUUAUUUUACUUCAGCUAUAAAAACAAUGGUGAUAUUCUUUAGUGCUAAAGUCGAAGAAGAGAUGGACACCAAAUUGUUGGAUAUAGCAGAUGAUAUAAUUUAAGAGCCCUUAUAGAUUCUUUAGUAGAAAUACAUUGCCUAUUUAAUAGGCCACUUAAAUGCCAAUAUUUCUGAAAUGGCUUAUUAAAAAUUGACAAAUAUGAGCUAAAUUUGCAUUUACCAAUUUUAAAUUGUACUUAUCAGAAAAAUUGACAUUAUCGUAGCCUAUUCAAUAGGAAAGGUAUUGCUCCUAAACGAGGGAAAAGUGAAUUGGUGUUAUAUAUUAACAAUUGAGGACGCAAAACGCCUAGGACCGAUUGCGGCUGAAGUUGAUUUAAAAAGAGAAAAAUAUGUCGAAUUCCAAAAAGUUGACAAAGAAUGAUAUCCUGUAAUAUGAAUCCAGUUUCAAUCUUGGAAGCUGAAUCAUUUUGAAAUUCCUUUACAAAGCAUUCAUCAAGUUGCAAGAGUUGCUAUAAAAAUGAUAAACACUGAUGAUCUCAGAGAAGAGUUUUUUCAUCCAGACGGUGACCUUAAUUUUGAUAUUUUAUACUGUUUAUUUUUGGGCAGAUCCAUUAAAUUAGUGGAAAAUUUAAAUAAUUAA